GUUUGGCAUCCUAUGCGUGUGUGUGUUGGGGUCCUCAUUUCAACACCAACAUGUCGGCGUCCGUACGAGUGUGCUGUGCCCUCCGCAUUACACUUGGAGGAGCACUGCCCCUUCGUCCGCUCGCAGGGGCACUUAUCCAGAGCGCCCCACGGUCCAGCCGAGCAUCGGGGUUGUGUCUGCAGAGACUCCCUGCGCUGCUGAGCCCGGCCCCGACAUGGCAACAGAGUCGACACGGCAGCUUUUUCAACAAGUUGACAGCAGACGAGUUGUGGAGAGGUGUGCUGGCCGAGACUGGGGCCGGAGCGAGGAAAGGCCGAGGGAAAAGGACCAAACGUAAACUGAAGAGGGACCUAAACCGAGGACAGAGCCUUGGAGAAGGUCGUGGGGGUUUCCUGUGGCCGGGCUUGAAUGCUCCUAUCCUAAAGGAAGGCUCCAUUCAGCAUAUGGCCCGGAGAGGUGAAGCUGAGCAGCAGGUUGUUCAAGCAGAACUAGUACGCCAGAGAGAUGAAUGGGAGAAGAAGAAGAGGUUAAAAGUGAAGAGAGAGCGAGGAUGGACUGGUAACUCAUGGGGAGGCAUCAGUCUGGGACCUCCUGAUCCUGGUCCAAAUGGAGAAACCUAUGAAGACUUUGAUUCACGUGUCAUUGAGGUGAAAAGUGUCUUCAACAUGACAGCCAAAGAGGGCAGGAAGAGGUCUAUUAGCUGUUUGGUUGCUGUUGGAAAUGGCAAUGGAGCUGCAGGUUUUGCUGUGGGUAAAGCAGCAGAUAGAAACACAGCUCUCAGAAAAGCUAAAAAUCGAGCCAUCCACUUCUUGUACUUUAUUGAACGAUUCAAUAACCACACAAUUUAUCACGAUAUUGAUUCCAAGUUCAAAAGGACGAAGCUGCGCAUGAAGAAGCAAAACAAAGGCUACGGUUUGCACUGCCACCGGGCUGUCAUCACACUCUGUAAACUCAUUGGCAUUGAGGACAUGUACUGCAAAGUCGAAGGAUCUGUCAAUCUUCUCAACAUCACUCGGGCACUUUUCAAGGGUUUAGCCGAUCAGGAAACUCACCAGACUCUAGCAGAUAAGAAACAGCUGCAUGUGGUGGAGUUCAAGUCAGAGCGUGGAGCACUGCCCCUAGUGGUGGCCAGUCCCAGGACAGGGGUGAGACAGGAGCCCCAACCUGAGGACGAGAUCCCCAACACCAAACUGCACUGGGAUGAUGUGAGGGCAGCACAGGGCAUGAAGAGGUCCAACUGGGCCACGGUCAAACGCACCAUCUGGUAGUGGGACUAUAGGGACUCUCACAUGCUUGUGAUCAAGAUGGAACAUGAGGAAACUGGAACAGCUUAAAUCUGUGCUUGGACUGCCUUAAAAAAUCAUUAAUGUACAGUUGAUAAUUAUGGUAACAGUGUAUUGAGCUACUUUGCCAACUAGAGCCGCUGCUGUACAAAAUAUGUUCAAACAUUAUUACAAAUCAUAAAAUAAAUGUACUUUUGGUUAAAGACACUGUUUGGGAGGGUGAUUUACUUUUAAUCCAUGUAGGUGCAUACUGCUUUCAGAUGUGGGAUUAGUUUAGGCAAGUUUACUGUCAGUCAAUAUUUUAGAUUUUAAUUCUAUUCUUGUACUAUGUCAGUAUAAAUGUGUAUCUGAUUUUUACUUGUUUUUGCUGCACUUUUGCACAUUUGCUUUUGGGCCACUCCUUCCCAAUUAAUCCCUGUGCCCUUAUCCUGUUUGCUAAGGUUACAUAUAGGUGAAAGUAAACAUUUGCUCAGGGUUGCAUGAGAUCUAGAUCAUAAACACACAAAAAGACAAAACUGGGUUAAAAUAAACAGUAUUUUAUUAAUAGAAUACAAAAUUCUGCCAUGGGGCCCUUUUAUCUAUUAACACAGUCAUUAUAGGAGACUGGCUAUACAAAAUGGUAUGUAAUGGGGUACAUUUAAAUCAUUUACUCUUCUACAGGCUAAUGCAUACAUUUUCACUUAUAUAAUAUAUUUAUCUUUAUAUCAGAUUCCAAAUAAACUGAUUACAGAGAUCAGACGUAGUCAAAUGUGGUAGAAUGUGGUCUUGGUGCAAAGUGGAAAAAUGAUAAACUGUAACAAUUAUUAUUGUUAUUACUAACUGGUGACAUUCACACAUAAUACAAGUGCUGCAUACAUUCUAGUUUAGGUGUUUGGGAAAUUAGAAGUUCUUCCACCGGAUUGCAGACAGAAUGGCAUGGAUGAAGUACACAAGAGUGGAUGCAAAGGCAAAGACCUGAGACAUAGAGAGGAGAUUUGUGACAUGUUCAAAACUCAGAAUACACUCAUGAAUGUUUUUGUGAGUUUUUUUUUUCUUGUUAAAAUGUUAGACUUACCACAGCUGAAAUUUCGAUCUGGUAGAUUCUAAAUACUGGGUUGUCUUUACUUAGAAUUGUCAUGUAGGCCAGAGCCACUCCUGCACUGAGGUAGAAGAUCACUGCCAGCAAGUGAUAGAUAAAGUCCUGCAAAAACAACCAGAAUGUGUUGUUUUGUUUUGUUUUUUUAUUUUACCUUCUUGUGUGUUGUACUACUUGAUAAUGAUAUUAUUAAAUGAUGAUUAUGAUUCAGUAAGUCUAAUAAACAUGCAAUAUCUUACAGCUGUCGCCCAACCAUAGCUGUUCUUGUGUCCCCCACAUGCGAAGAUGACGAGCCAGAGGAACGUCAUUACAAAACAGAAGAUGGACA